CUUCCGCGUCGGGUCCUGAGGUUCACACGGGGGCGCUGAUGGUCUUUGAGGACGUCGCCGUGUACUUCUCCCGGGAAGAGUGGGGGCUCUUGGACUCAGCCCAGAGGGCCUUGUACCGCCAGGUGAUGCUGGAGAACUUCGCCCUGGUGGCCUCGCUGGGACUCUCUGCCUCCCGACCUCGGAUAAUCCUCCAGCUCGAGCGCGGUGAGGAGCCCUGGGUUCUCAGUGGCCUGGAUGUGGCCCUGGCCAGGGAUGCCCAGAGGAGGCCCAGCCCUGGUCAUGCGGUGCCCCCUCCUGCCAGGCUGCCUACCUUGCUCUUAACCCCAAACAGCCGGUGACGGUAAAAGUGUCCCUGGUCUUUCUGGGUCAAGGUGGUGAACUGAACCCAACUCAGAAGCCUACUGAGACCACACAGGAGAGUGUUUAAGACAAACCCUGAAAAUGAGGAUGGGGAAGGAGCCCCAUAGCAAGGGCAUUCUGCACCGAAGUGGAAAUGGUGAGAGAGUCGUUUCUGGGGGAUCCCCACUCCCUAAGCCCCCACACAACAGCCCCAUCUAAUGAUGCUGCUGGGAAGAGCUGACAAGCCCAGCCAUGCACGCGCUCAGAGCUCC